AUGUCCUUCCACUCAGCUUCUCCGGAGGGGGUGAACGUCUCCCCCGCCAGCGAUAAUUCCCCGAACCAGCGUGUACCCGCCACCGCCCCGCGCCCGCCCCCGGACGCCAGCUCACGGAGCUGUGUGACCUGCCGCCGCCGCAAAGUCCGCUGCAACAAGCGCUCGCCCUGCUCCAAUUGCGUCAAGCAGGGCAUCAACUGUAUCUUUCCCCCACCGGGUCGCGCCCCGCGGAAGUCGAAGCGCCCGCCCGAUGCGGAGCUGCUGUCGCGGCUGCGGAGGCUGGAGGGCGUCAUUGAGCAUUUGAGUGGAAAGAAUGGAGAGAGUGGGGGUGGGUCGACAUCCAGUCUGUCACCGACGCAACCUGUGCCUGCGACCAUCUCACCUGUUGUGACAAGUACGGCUCCCGCUGCGUCUGCUCCGGCCGAAAAGGUGGAGAGCAAGGUCCAGAAUGGCGGGUGUCCGUUUGAGGAUGCGGAUCCGAAGAAACUUGCGCCUGGCAAGUUUGAGAAUGAGUUUGGACGCUUGGUGAUUGAUGAAGGCAGGAGUCGAUAUGUGAGCAAUCGGCUUUGGGCGAGUCUUGGUGAUGAGAUUGAAGAGCUUCAAGAUAUCCUUGAUCAUUCCUCAUCCGAUGAAGACGAUAUCCCUUCGCCAGAGUCAUCUCAUUCUGGAUCUCAUGAUGGGUUCUUAUUCGGUUUCUACGCCUUAUCUCACUCCCUGCGAGAAUUCCACCCGCCCUUCCAGAAAGUCUCCAUUUUUUGGGAUGUUUAUAAAGAAAACGUGGCCCCUUUGAUCACUAUUCUGCACCGACCAACUGCCCGCAAUCUGCUGGUCGAGGCGGCGCAGAAUCCAGAUCACCUGGAUAAAAAUUCUGAAGCGCUUGUCUUUUCGAUAUACCUCUCUGCCAUCGUUAGCCUGAAGCCCGAAGAAUGCCUAUCACGACUCGGCGAAGAUCGAACUACAGCUGUCAAGCGGUACCGCUUUGCGGUGGAGCAGGCGCUAGCCAAAGCCAAUCUGAUGAAUACACAGAGUCUGGCACUCCUACAGGCAGCAGUCCUCUUCCUGAUCUGUGUUCGCAGAGAAGAUGAUUCCAAGUUUGUGUGGUCCAUGAACUCUCUUAUUCUUCGCCUGGCUCAGGGUUUAGGCUUGCAUCGAGACGGCACCAACUUCGCCCUCAAGCCCUUCGAGACAGAGAUGCGUCGUCGUCUGUGGUGGCAUAUCUGUCUCAUGGAUGUGCGGUCAUCUGAAGACCACGGAACUGACCCAUUGAUCCAUGAAAGCAUGUAUGAUACUCGUCUUCCCUUGAACGUAAACGACGAUGACAUCUACCCGGAAAUGACGGAAACUCCCACGGAACGAGAAGGCUGCACGGAUGUCACUUUCUGCCUCAUCCGUUGCGAAAUUACAUGUGCCCUGCGACGAGCAAACUAUGCAUGCCCCGGUAGUCGGUUCCGUAUGGACGCUGCUACCCCAUCUAUCGAACGCUGUGAGCGGAUGAUCCAAAUCAUCAGCAGCCGCGUCGAGGACCGCUACAUCAAGCAUUGCGAUAUGAACAUCCCCAUCCACUGGGCAUCAGCAACAGUGGGACGUCUCAUCCUCGCCAAACUCUGGCUCAUCGUUCAUCACCCGAUGACGCGCAAAGACCGAGCCACCAACGUUUCCCAGGCAACACGACAAAGCCUCUUCCUCACAGCAAUCGAGGUCCUCGAAUUCGGCCGCCUCCUCGAGUCCGAUCCGAAGACAGCCAAAUGGGGCUGGCUAUUCCGCACCAACAUGCAAUGGCACGGCGUCGCAUUCGUUCUAUCAGAAGUCUGCGUGCGACCAAUCUGCCCCGUCACCGACCGUGCCUGGAACGCCAUCAACAGUCUCUACAAUGACUGGAAAUCACAAGCCACGCACAAAAAGGGCAUGCUGUGGCGACCACUCGCUGCAUUGAUGAGACGAGCCGCGGCAACCAGAGCAAAACAGCAGGAAGAACUACGAGCUAAAUUCGGCCCGAAUCCCCCACCGUACAAGCACACGUCCGACUUUAUCGCCUCGCAUCAUCACACCCUGCCUCGUAUUCACAUGCUUAAUGGUACACCGGUUCCUUCGCCUUUACCUUCGACUGAACGAUCUAUUCCCACUUCCGUUCCUACUACCACCGCCGCUACUACCACACCACUGGACAUCAAUCUUAGCCAAGGACCCUGGGAAACAUUGCAGAAUAUUUUCCCGGAUACAAACUUCUUCUCUCCAACUAUGCUCGACGAUUCAACUCUUCAAAGUCAACCUCCCGCUUCAGCACCCGCCCCGAACCCAGUCACCGAGAUCCCGACGGGGAUCAAUUUCAACACGCCUGUUCCUGGCAUGUCCAUGACCAAUCCAUUUACAAUGGAAGAAAACAUCCCCGAAGCAGGUACGCUUGGCUGGGAAGAAUGGGAUCAAGUCAUGCGUGAUUUCCAGAUGGACGUGGAAAAUGAGAAUGGGCCCGAUCCGGCGCAGGGUAUUAAUGUUACGGAAUGGUUUGCAUAG